CCAGUUUUGAGACUGAAUAGACUGUUGAAAUGUCACUCGAUGGAAAGUUUCUUCCACAAAACUGAAAGGUUCGUUUAGUAACUAAGCAGUAUUAUCUGACCCUGCAGAGAUCUCCAAUGACUUCAAAUAAUAGAAUUUAUAAAAAAAAAAUUAUUUUAUGUUAAAUGUUUAAUCAGUGUCAUUUACAUUUAAUCAAUGUCAUUUACAUUUAAUCUGUCAUUUACAUUUAAUCCAUGUCAUUUACAUUUAAUUUGUGCAUUUACAUUUGAUUUGUGUCAUUUACGUUUAAUCCAUGUUAUUUAAAUUUAAUCAGUGUGAUUUACAUUUAAUCCGUGUCAUUUCUUCCAUAAUUUAUAAAGAAGUGUUGAUCUAGAAUUGAUUUUCAUUUAUUACAUAAAUUAGUUAACUUUUUUUUGUCAGCCGAACCAACAAACCUAAUUUAUUGAGAGCUUUCAAGCUAAGUCUUCACCUUGGUGUGGUCAUUCACUGGAUAGCCUGUCUGUACUACAUGUUGUCUGAGGUAAGUUUCCACCUUGGUGUGGUCAUUCACUGGUCAGCCUGUCUGUACUACAUGUUGUCUGAGGUUAGGACUUGAGUGUUUUUCUUUCAUGAUUACAAGAGCAAUGGCUUCAUGUUAAUACAAAUGUUUUGUUCAGUUUUGUUUGUGUUCUAUGUUUCAAAUUACAAUUUAAAAAGCACAGACAUGGGAUUGAAACGUUGGGAUAAGUUCAUUUGUUUUGUGGUUUAAACUAAUGAUAUUUGGUUUAAUACAGACAUAAAAAUAUAACCUAACCUUUUCUCUUUACUCAUGUGAACAUUUAAAACAAAAUAUUACCAGACAGCUCCAGUUAAACUUCACGUUUGAAACCUAUAUAAACCUUGAUAUUUCAUUGUCAGUAUGAAGGGCUUGUUAAAACCUUUGUUUCAUUGUCAGUAUGAAGGGCUUGUUAAAACCUUUGUUUCAUUGUCAGUAUGAAGGGCUUGUUAAAACCUUGUUUCAUUGUCAGUAUGAAGCGCCUGUAAAAACCUUUAUAUUUCAUUGUCAGUAUUAAGGGCUUGUUAAAACCUUUAUAUUUCAUCGUCAGUAUGAAGGGCUUGGAGUUAAUGAGUGGGUGUAUCCAUCAGAACCGAACUUGACGACAUUUUCAAGGUGAGUACAAAGGAUUGUGUCAAUUCACAGGAUCAAGUAGAGUAAUAAUAAUAAUAAUAAGACGUCUUAUAUAGCACGGUACCCCCAGCCUAGGGCUGGGCUCACCACGCUGUACAUAAAAAUUUUAUCAAAAGAGACAUAAUCAUGACAUUAAAAUAAAUAGUAAAAAUAAGUAAAGCCAAUCACUUCUGUCUGAGACCUCCAUCACUUCUGUCUGAGACUUCCAUCACUUCUGUAUGAGACUUCCAUCACUUCUGUCUGAGAACUCUAUCACUUCUGACUGAGACCUCCAUCACUUCUGUCUGAGACUUCCAUCACUUCUGUGUGAGACUUCCAUCACUUCUGUCUGAGACUUCCAUCACUUCUCUAUGAGACUUCCAUCACUGCAUUUGUUAACAUAAAGAUAUACAAGAUAACCUACCAUUUUUCUUCAUCCCUUUCCCUUUCUGAAACUUCACAAGUGGUUGUUAUAUCAUCUGCCAUUAUCAGUAAUGCCCCAAUAGAGCAGUGGUCCCCAAUCUUUCUAUCUCCGCGGACGGGUCAAUGUUUGAUAAUCGUACCGCGGCCCACUGUGGUGGGGAGGGGGGAGAACGUUGAUUGUUUAUAUUUUAGAUUGUUUUGAUUUAAUCAUUUUAAUUGUAUUUAAACAUUCCUCCAAAAUAAAAUACAGUUACACCAAAAAAUGAAUAUAAAGGGAUUUAACAUAUUUAACAUUUUCUGGAAUGCUAAAUCAAUGAGCUUAUUUCUCUGCAAAGAGACUGUUCCAUCUAGGGGUAAAAGGAGGCAAUGACACCCGAAGUGUGUUCCUUGUGUCCAGUUUUUUCCCUUGUUUUGUUUUGGUUUAAAACACCAGCAGAGUAGUCUUGAACGUAGUUUUAAGGUCGCAAUCAUUUGCAAUCUCCAGCAGUUGAUCUUCUUCUGGCACAGACAUGCUGGAUUCGCCUGGUUUGUUGACGAAGAGGUUGCAGAUCCAUUACUUACCAGUUUGUUGGUCUUUUGAAGUUGGGAAGUAGCGCUCAAACUCUUUUAAAAUCAAAGACAGGUGAUCGUGCACCAACUGGGAGAAUGAAUGCUCAGGCUCAGUUUUGCCUAAAAUCCCCGCUAUGUUUGAAACAUGUCCAAAAUGUCUCUAUUCACACACCGUCCCCACAACUCCAGUUUGACUUUAAAUGCAGCUACUUUGUCUGCCAACUUGAAAAAAGCUGUCAUUUUCCCUUUAAGGGACAGAUUGAGUUCAUUGAGCAGGCUGAAUAUGUCACACAGGUCACAGCCAGUUUUGUGACCCAUACCUUGUCACUGAAAGGUGCUGCCAGCGGUGACUUCUUUUCUGAGAGAAAUCUUUGCAAUGGCUCUCGUAAUUCAAAAAUUCUGGUUAGAGAUUUUCCUCUGGAUAACCAUCUUAUUUCUGUGUACAAGAAAUACAUCCCGGCACAGUAAAUACAAUGGAAAUAAUUUAAUGUUUCUUGGGCGGCCCGGUCCCAUUGGAUCCACGCACCGGUACCGGCCCAGGGGUUGGGGACCACUGCCAUAGAGGAUUCUCAUCUUUUAUUUUCUUAUGCACUCCAACUUGGCCAACUACUUGACACAUGUUUCUAUGCACUCCAACUUGGCAAACGACUUGACACAUGUUUCUAUGCACUCCAACUUGGCAAACUACUUGACACAUGUUUCUAUGCACUCCAACUUGGCAAACUACUUGACACAUGUUUCUAGUGGCUGGCGCUGGCUAAUAAAUUAAAACCUUCUGGUUAUUAUUAAGCAUAAACCAUUUCUUUUGCAAGUUUGUCCAUUAAAGUUUGGAAGAAAAGAAAUGGAACUAGGAAGAACAGUUUUAUUAAUUUCUUUACUGUUACCAGUAGUUUUUAAUGCUGUAUUGAAUCAAGCCAAUAGAAAAUGAAUUUUGAUUAUUUAUACAUGGAGAUUGGAGAUAUUGAUUUACUUGUUUUUUUGUGUGUGCUAGAAAAUACAUCUUUUGUUUGUUUUGGUCAACCAUGACUCUGACUACCAUAGGGGAAAGGCCUCCACCAACUACUGAACUUGUGAGUAUCCACAUCUAAGUAGGCCUGCUAUGAAAACAAUGAAAAAACUGAGAGUAAAUUUAUAUUAAACUGUUUUUCUUCAGUUAUGAUGUUACAAUACACACAGCUAUGAAGAGAAGCAUAGCGGAACAAGAUAUGUGUAGGCUUGAAAAUAAAAUAAAAUGCCAUUAAUCUGACUUUUCGGCUAGAUGCCUUCUUCUGCAGGCAUUACAAUACAAUAAACAAUGGACAGAUUUGAAUUAAAUUUUUUUAGAAGAUCUUAAAAGAGUCAAAGUUCAGAACAGGAAGCGCUCUGAUGUUGUUAGAAAGAAGAGCAUUUGUUAGAUCCUUCAGUUUUGUAAAUCACGAAGUAAUUGUCUUCCUUAGGAAUACGUGUUUACUGGGUUCACUUUCCUUAUUGGAGUCUUUGUGUUUGCCGCUGUGGUGGGCAAUGUUGGUGACGUCAUUAGCAACAUGAAUGCAGCCAGGAGAGAUUUUCAAGCAAGGUGAAAUGAUUUAACAGCUAGUACACAUGUAUUCCAGCAGGUCAUGAAUUGCAUUGGAAAGCUAUUGGAAGUGUUUUAGUAAAUGAUUUAACAGCUAGUACACAUGUAUUCCAGCAGGUCAUGAAUUGCAUUGGAAAGCUAUUGGAAGUGUUUUAGUAAAUGAUUUAAAAGCAAGUACACUUGUAAUCCAGCAAGUCAUGAAUUGCAUUGGAAAGCUAUUGGAAGUGUUUUAGUAAAUGAUUUCUCUCCUUUUGUCUUUUUUAGAAUGGAUCAAAUCAAAUUUUAUUUGGACCAUAGGAAAGUACCUGAUCACAUGCAGAACCACAUCAAGCGCUGGGCAGAGUACACAUGGAGCAGGUACAUUUAAUUGUUCAUGGUUUUGAGUUUUUUAAGUGGUGUAUGAUAAUCAAGAUUUGCUUCCCUGCAUUGAUAUUACUGCUAUGACUAUUUCAAGAUUUAAAACUUAAAUUUAGCAACUUUUUAUAGUUGCCGUUUUAUGAAAAAGGUUGAUGGCCGAUUUUUUUUUUUUUUUAACAAAGAGUUUGAUUCAUUUCAUUGAUAACUGGUUUGUUGAUUUGUUGUAUGUAAAAUAAGUGAAGCUGACUCCUCUAGGAUUUUCACCCAUUCAGCCAGGCAACAAAUAUCAACCUUAGAAUGAAGUGUUUAACAAGAGCUUCCUCCACAGCUUCUCCAGUUUUAUUCAUUGCAUUUUAAUUUGGCUGUUUCCACUUUGAGGCAUUGUCAUUGAAAUAUUUUCCUAAUUUUAUCAACAGAACAAUGGCCAUAGAUGAAGCAAAUGUCUUGCAGUUUUUACCAGAUAGACUCAGGACAGAAGUUGCAAUUUAUGUUCAUUUGGAAACAUUAAAAAAGGUGUGCACACUUGGAAAUGUUGUCAAAUUACUUACUACUGUUUUUUUUUCUCUUUUCAAACCACCAAGUUGAAGACGCCGCAAUCAAUUUAUUUCAGGUCUCUAUUUUUGAUGAGUGUGAAGAAGGUCUGCUCAGAGAGUUGGUGCUCAAAUUGAAACCUCAGAUAUUUUCCCCCGGGGAUUACAUUUGUCGCAUCGGAGAGAUAGGUAAUAAGUUUGUGAGUGUGAAGUUGACUAGUGUUAUAUUGACUAGUGUUAUAUUGACUAGUAUUAUAUUGACUAGUGUUAUAUUGACUAGUGUUAUAUUGACUAGCGUUAUAUUGACUAGCGUUAUAUUGACUAGCGUUAUAUUGACUUGUGUUAUAAUGACUAGUAUUAUAAUGACUAGUAUUAUAUUGCCUAGCAUUAUAUUGCCUAGCAUUAAAAGGACUAGUAUUAUAUUGACUAGCAUUAUAUUGCCUAGCAUUAUAAGGACUAGUAUUAUUAAAUAUAAUUCAAGUUUAAAGCUGAAGCAUUAUGUUGCUAUGAUUUUUUUAUUGCAUUAUUUUGUUAAACCUUUUUUUUAAAUUGAUCUAUUUCCAUAAGCCAAAGGUUGAAAUGAACAUAUUUUAUUGUACAUGAGCCAAAGGUUGAAAUGAACAUAUUUUAUUGUACAUGAGCCAAAGGUUGAAAUGAACAUAUUUUAUUGUACAUGAGCCAAAGGUUGAAAUGAACAUAUUUUAUUGUACAUGAGCCAAAGGUUGAAAUGAACAUAUUUUAUUGUACAUGAGCCAAAGGUUGAAAUGAACAUAUUUUAUUGUACAUGAGCCAAAGAUUGAAAUGAACAUAUUUUAUUGACAUGAGCCAAAGGUUGAAAUGAACAUAUUUUAUUGUACAUGAGCCAAAGGUUGAAAUGAACAUAUUUUAUUGUACAUGAGCCAAAGGUUGAAAUGAACAUAUUUUAUUGUACAUGAGCCAAAGGUUGAAAUGAACAUAUUUUAUUGUACAUGAGCCAAAGGUUGAAAUGAACAUAUUUUAUUGUACAUGAGCCAAAGGUUGAAAUGAACAUAUUUUAUUGUACAUGAGCCAAAGGUUGAAAUGAACAUAUUUUAUUGUACAUGAGCCAAAGGUUGAAAUGAACAUAUUUUAUUGUACAUUAGCCAAAGGUUGAAAUGAACAUAUUUUAUUGUACAUGAGCCAAAGGUUGAAAUGAACAUAUUUUAUUGUACAUGAGCCAAAGGUUGAAAUGAACAUAUUUUAUUGUACAUUAUUGCUUGCCCUAGAAUUGCACAAAGGUUAUCCAGGUGGGAACACAUAUUCAUUAGAAAUUAUCUUGUAAGAUUUUCAAAUUGUGUUUUGUGAUAAUACAUAUGAUGUGUAUAAAAAUGUAUACGUAUAUAUAUAAUUCAUGGCAUCUCCCAAUCAAGGACGUGAGAUGUAUAUUAUCAACCACGGGAAAGUGGAAAUAUUGUUCCCAGACUCUGAGACAGGCGGCAUGCAGCAGGUGGCUGUGAUGAACCCAGGGAAUUUCUUUGGCGAAAUCAGUUUGCUUAAAGUAGAUGCUGGUCAAAACAAGUAAGAUUAAUUAUACGUGUGGACAAUCAUGCUUAAAGUAGAUGCUGGUCAAAACAAGUAAGAUUAAUUAUACGUGUGGACAAUCAUGCUUAAAGUAGAUGCUGGUCAAAACAAGUAAGAUUAAUUAUACGUGUGGACAAUCAUGCUUAAAGUAGAUGAUGGUCAAAACAAGUCAAAUCAAUUAUACAUUUGGACAAUCAUACUAAACAAUCAUUUGGUAAUGUACGUUGCCUAGACACUAAAAUUUAAUAACAAAAUGUAAUUCUGUUUUUUCUUGGUAUAUUUGUAUAUUUUUUUUUUUACAAACUGUCCUUUAUAAAUUAAAAUGUUGUCAGACAUGAUUGCUCAGAUAGUUGUGUGAUAAUAUGCCAAGUACACUAACAAAAUAUCUUGUAUUUGUUAGAGUGCAAGAAAUGUUCCUUAGUUACUAACUGAUUAAAGUUCCACAUUCCAGAUAUUAAUAUAGAUCAGGGGUCGGGAACCUUUUUGUCUAAGAGAGCCAUGGACACCUGAGAGAGCCAUGGACACCACAUAGUUUGAAAAGUAAUUCUGUGAGAGCCAUACAUGAUGUUUAAAACUAAAAAUUCAAGUAAAUGUGUGCAUUUUGUGUAAUUUCAACACUAAAAAUGCAAUAAUUAUGUCUCUGAAUUUUUUUAUAACAUUGUUCUGCUGUUGCUAUUCAAUAAUGAGUAUUUCUUACCAUUAAUGUGACUUUUUUUUAAUAAUCGAACAUUUGUCUGCAAGCCAUUUGAAGUCAUUAAUAGAGCCAUAUCUGGCUCGCGAGCCAUAGGUUUCUGACCCCUGAUAUAGAUGUUACUUGUGCUUUCUCUUCAAGACUAAGAGUGUGCCUACUGGCCUCAAUUUGGAAAUCUCUGACUUUGCCAUGCAGACUGAAAUAAAGAGAAAAAUAUGAAGAAAAACUGUUACCGAAAAGAUAUUUCAUUAAAAAAAGUGGCAAUUACAAAAAUAGGAAACUUUGCUCAUUAAGUAAUCUAAGCAGCCAAAUUAAUUUCAUUGACCUUAAUAUGCGUGGAUUAAAAAAUGUUAGUAUUUGUAUUUUAUUUGAGUGCCUUGUUUUGUAGGAGAGUUGUUUGGUACAUAAGAUCCCCAAAUGAGUGGUUAUAGAAACUGAAACAUUUUUUAAUGUCUUUUACCAGGCGUACUGCAGAUGUCAGAUCAAUUGGAUUCUCUGAGCUGUUAUGUCUUUCUCGGCGUGACCUUAUGGCUGUGAGUCAUCAAUAAUCUUUGUUAGAAGCCCAGAUAUUGACCUAUUUCUGUAAAGGUUAUCAACAUAAUUUUUUUUAUAUUGAUUGCAAUAACAAUUCACUAUUUUGUGAAUUCUGUAACAAUUUAAAGUAGAGAUUUUAUUAAAUUAUAGAGUGCUUCUUGUGUUUAAAGACCAUAAUUGAUCACAGCUAAUACUGUGUUACAAAAAAUAUCAGUGCUGUAACCAAAUUCGCCUGGUGGGGUUGGUAAAUAAUCUUUAAAAAUAAUUUUAUAAUGAAUUCAUCAGAAUUUAAAAACUUUUAAUGAACAGAACCCGAUUGCAAUCGCACUCAUUUGUAAACCAAGACAAACAAAAGCAGCAUUAGAGCUAGCAAGUAAAAUUAAAUUAUUGAUUUUUCCUCAAGUCUCCUUUGAUUAAUUUUUUUCAGGCACUUACUGAAUACCCAGAAGCCAAGAGAAUAUUAGAGGAGUAUGCAAGACAGAGGUAA